CGCUAGCAGGAAAGGGAACAGCCAGCAGGAAUCCCCGACGCCCACAGCAGAGACCAGACUCCACUUCGGGAGGAUACACCGGGUUGCCGGUGCGCCUUUAGGCCCAGAGAGCGGGACUUGGAGCCGAAGCAGAGGCGGAAGCAAGCGGCUGAGCCAUGGCUGGGCAGCUGGGCGCCGCCGCUGGACCUGGCGUUGUGCUGCUCUUGAGCUGUGUAAUCUUUGGGAAUGGACUCAAUGUAGAGAUUCUCAGUGGAAGAAAUGACCAGCUAUUCAAGAACAACCUAAUUAGACAAAAGCGAGAAUGGGUUGUCCCACCUGUAUCCGUCUGGGAAGAGCGUGACAAUUCCAACAGAAAUCCAAUUGCUAGGAUAUAUUCUGACCGUGUUGAAAAAGGAUUAAAAAUUACUUACAUCAUUUCUGGCCCAGGAGUCACAGAACCACCAUAUCACUUGUUUGUGAUUAAUGGAAAAACUGGGGAAUUGAACAUCACUGGAAUUGUUGAUCGGGAGAAAACACCAUUUUUUAAACUGAAAGGCCUUGCAAUGAGUCAGGAUGGUACUCAAGUGGAAAAUGCAUUGGACCUGAGAGUUAAUGUUCUGGACGUAAAUGAUAACAGUCCAGUGUUUUCACAGGAAGUUUUUGUUGGUUCUGUCGAAGAAAUGUGUGAAUUAGGUACUCUGGUGAUGAAGAUAAGCGCAACUGAUGCAGAUGAGCCAAACAACCUCAACUCCAAAAUUGCUUACAGGAUUGUUUCUCAAGGCCCGAGCCAGGCAAAUUCCGUAUUUCAAAUUGAUCGAUCAACAGGCGAAGUUCGGACUUCAACAUUGCAACUCGACAGGGAGAUGUGGAGUAGCUACACCUUAGUUGUGGAAGCAAAAGACAGAGAUGGCGGGUUAGGUGGGAUGGCUCAUCAGACAACUCUUCAGAUCACAGUGUUGGAUGUCAAUGACAAUAUCCCUGUUCUUGAAAAAACCAUGUAUGAAGGAAGUGUUACAGAAAACACCGCAAAUGUGGAAAUCCUGCGAUUGAAGGUCUUUGACAGAGACGAGGAAUUCUCUGAUAACUGGCUGGCAAACUACACGAUUGUGUCUGGCAACGAGGGAGGCUAUUUCCAUAUAGAAAGGGAUUCACACACCAAUGAAGGAAUUUUGACUGUGGUUAAGGAAAUUAAUUAUGAAGAAUUGCAAACACUGGACUUGAAGAUAGUUGUUUCUAACCAAGCAGCGUAUCACAAAUCCAUUAUUAGCCAGGGUUACCAAGCAAAACCAAUUCCAAUUAAAAUUAAGGUGGAAAAUGUGAUGGAAGGCCCUAUAUUUAAGCCCAGUACACUGGUGAUUAAAGCAACUGAAACAAUGAAAGUGAACCAGAUUAUUGGAAGCUUUCAAGCUUUUGAUGAAGACACUCAAAAAAUAGCACAACGUGUCAGGUAUGCCAAAGGUCAUGAUGCUGGAAACUGGUUUAUAAUAGACUCUAGAACGGCUGAAAUCAAACUUAUUAAGGUGCCUGACUAUGAAUCACCAUUUGUUGUCAACGGGACUUACACUGCAACAAUUGUGGCUAUAACUGAGGACUUCCCUGCUAAAACAGUUACGGGUACGAUUAAUAUUCAAGUAGAGGAUUUUAAUGAUCACUGCCCGACUCUUGUGACUCGAGAGACAACUGUCUGUACUGAUGCAAAGUACAUUAAUAUCACUGCUGAGGAUCGAGAUGCUCAUCCAAAUGGUGGCCCUUUCACCUUCUCUAUCAUAGAUGAGCCUGAAAGGAUGUCAGACAGAUGGAUAAUUGGGCAGCAAGAUGGAUUUAGAGCACAUAUUGUACCACAGGAUGUCAAGCCUGGCAUAUAUGAAGUUCCGCUCUUAGUGAAAGAUAACCAAGGCCUCAGCUGUCCUGAACCACAAAUCCUAACGAUGCACAUUUGUGACUGCGUGGCUGGUGCCGGUUGCCGAGAGACGAGGGUCGGCUCCUCAGUUAUGCUAGGACCCGCAGCAAUUGCACUGAUAAUUCUGGCACUUUUGUUGCUGCUGCUUGUGCCUCUCUUGCUGCUGGCAUGUCGCUUUGGUUCAGGUGCUGCGGCAGGCUUUGCAGCAAUACCCGACAACAGCGAAGAAAUGUUGCGUAACUGGAACAAUGAAGGGGCAGCACCUGAAGACAAGGCAUUCCUCCCCCUCAUUACUCCACCAGCAUUGGACACCUCAGGCUCAAACAUGGUAGGCGGAGCAGGAGUGAAAGGUGCAGGAUCAACAGUCAGCAAUGUGGGCGGUGGUGUUUCUUCCUCGGUGAACAAAGAGCAUUACAGCAACGUUCAAAUGGUUGAUGGGCGGUGGCAAGAGCAGACAACUCUUCUUUCUCAAGCCGGUCAUGGAGGCAUGCACUUUGCAGGGGGCUUAGGCAUGGCAGGAGGAAGAGGCAUGGCAGGAGGAGGAGGCAUGGCAGGAGGGACUAUGACCAGUAUUGGUAGAAGAGCGAUGACCUUGGAGAAAGGAGGCGCCAUCAAUGAAGAAUUCUUAAGGAGCUACUUCUGUGAAAAAGCUGAUGCUUUUGCUGACGAGGACGAAGCUCAUCUUGCAAAAGACUGCCUACUAGUAUACUCACAGGAGGAAGAAAAAGAGUCUCCCCAUGGGUCCAUUGGCUGCUGCAGCUUUAUUGAGGGUGACUUUGAUGACCAUUUCCUGGAUGACUUGGGAGACAAAUUUAAGACUCUGGCUGAUAUUUGCACGGGCAAACGUGUAGGCAUGGAAGUUGGACAUCACAGCUCUGCUGUCCUGACAGAUGCAGGUCCUAGCCCAGCAAUGAAUGAGUCAGAUGCACAGUACUUACAUCAGCAUGAUACUAUAAAUUCAGAACUCACCUAUACUUCAGGCCCUAGCUACCAGUUACCUGAACCUGUCAAAAGUGUUGGUUCAGAAACCUUGACCAAAGUGUCAGUAAGAUCUGUUCCUGACCCUGUGGUUAGUAGCAGCAAUGUUGUAGUGACAGAAACCACUUAUGGGGCAAGACCCCCAACAUUAAUCCUUGACCCUCAGUUUAAGGAGAAUGUGGUAGUGACAGAGAGGGUGCUUGCCCCAGCUUCUAGCUUGCAGGAUAUGUUAGAGAGGCCUGCUGGUGUCUUUCCAGACCUCUCAGAUUCAAAGUAUGUUGUUGUAAGAGAAAGGGAGAGGGUCCUUGUACCUAACUCUGAACUAAAGGCUUCCUUAAGCAUCCCCAACUUAUCAGAAGGACAGAAUGUGGUGGUAAGCGAAAGGGUGGUGACUCCCACUGCUGGUAUGUGGAGCACAGCAGAACCACCUACCUUUUCUGACAUUGAUAGGCAGGAGAAGAUCUUUAUCUCUGACCCUUUCUUUAACCAAGCUGGCCCACAGGAAGCACUUCCCUCUGGGUCUGCCAUUAGCAAGUCCUCAACAGUAAAAAAAUACAGCUCUGUGCAGUAUACACGCUCGUAGGUGGUAUAUUUUCAUCCAUUGCUUUGUAUUUUCAUUGACCAUUGACAGGGUUAAUACAGGAGUGGGUAACCUGCUACCCUAAGGCCACCUAUGUCCCUCAGCCUAAUUUCAAAAGCCUUUUGCAUGCCAUCACUUCAGAUGUCUGGCAAGAGGGAUCUGUCCCUUCCUUGGGGGGUGGGAGAAAAAGAAAAUGGCUGACCCAGCAACUUUUGGCUCUGGCCUUGUCUAUAUGCCUCCCCUGGCAGAAAAAGGAAAACACCCCCCACCCACCCCAGGAUUAACAGAUGGCUUUCUCAGGGCUAAAUAUAUUGCUUUGCUUUUCUCACAAUAGUUUCUAUAAGAGAAAACUCCAUAACGAUCCAAGAAAAUAUAUCUACCCUAAACACACUUACUAGGGAAUAAAGCCCAUUGAACACAGUAAUACUUAAUUCUGCUUCAAAAAAUUCAUAGGAUUGCACUGUAAACGAACUACUUCAAUGGGUUACUCAAUCUGCAGAGCUGCAAAGAAUGUUACCAAUAAAUAACAGCAGCACUGGUUUCUAUGUACUAUCAUAGUCAUGUACAUUGCUGGGUCCCAGUGACAGUCCAAUUGAAGUCAAUUUGAUUUAGCUCAUUUAUCAGGAGUCUUUAAAUAGCUGUUCCUCACUCAUUUGCAGUGUGUUCCUCAAUGGGUUGCUUCAGAAUUAAGUUGCAAUGAGCUCAUUGGAUUCAUUGCCUAGUAAGCAUGUUUGGCAUUGCAGCCCAAGGCUGUGGUAUUCAAAUUUCACUUGAUUAAUUUCUAACAGUGCAAUCCUAAGUGUGUUUGGUCAGAACUCAGUCCCGUUGAGCUCAAUGGGGCUUACUCCCUACUAAGUCUGUUUAGGAGCGUAGCCUUAAGACUUCUUUUAACUGUGUUGUUGCUCAGGCGAUUUCAUG